AAUACCUCAAUCACAUUGUUGCUUAUAAUAUGUUUUUUAAAAAGCGUUAAAUCGAACUAGAAAGUGUAAAAAAAUGCAGAUUUUUUGUCUUGGAAACUAUUCUACCGCGGAAAUGCAAUUUAAAACAUGUGGUUGCUACUGGCAACAUUUCGUCUCAGUUGUAACACAGUGGGAGAGAAAAAGAAUGUGAGUUAAAGAAAAUAUAUGUUCAUUCUUGGGUUAGGUAUAAAAUUACUGCAACUUUCUAAAAAUUAAGUUUAAAUAUACAGUCAAAAGUAAUUGUCAAGAAGAAGAAGAAGCAUAAGAAAAAAAAUGUCUUCGGAAGAACAUGUUAUCAUCGAAGAAGAAAUAAAGGAAGAUGGAGAAUUGAAAGCUGGUCAAAAUAAUUUUUCGAAAAAACUUGGUAAUGCACUGAGAAGAAGCAAGAGAUUAAUGAGCGGUAGAAAACGACAACAAAGUAAAAACGAGAGCUUAGACAAAGAAAAUGUGGCACCUGACAGUACAAUUCAAGAAAGUGACAUCACAGAUGCACCACGUAUUGAAAUAACAGAGUCAAAUGGAGAUGUAGACAAACCAAAACAAAGGAAAGUCAGUCAAACUUUUUUUAGUACUGAAAAACAGAUUGAAAUUGAUGGUAAAAAAAUCAAAGAGGUUGAAGUAACCGGUGAAAAAUCACCAGAACCAAUAGAUAUGAAAAAACAGAAAAAGUUAGUUCGCAAAAAGUCACUCGAUCAUGCUGAACUAAAUGUACCAUGCAGAGAUCUUGGGAGAGCAGACCAUGAAGGCUGGCUUCUAAAGAAAUCUGGUGGGCAUGGUUUAGUACCAGUUGGUUGGAAGAGAUAUUGGUGUGUUGUGAAAGUACAAAAAAUAUACUGUUAUAAAACAUCAUUUGAUAUUGCGGCUGACUAUGCGAUUGCUAUUCAGAACUAUACUGUUGAAAAUGCAAAUGAAAAAAAGAAAAUAGCGUUCCGUUUAAAACCAAAAAACGAGGACUCCAAGCUUGCUGUAUUUGCAGGAGAAUCUGAAGACGAAGUAAACAACUGGAUUGAGACUUUAAACAAAGUUUUGUCAGGCGUUGACAUAUCACACAAAGAUGAUAACGAAAUACCAGAAUAUGAGGAUCGCAAGCGUAUGUAUAGCUCUGCUACCAAACCUGAAGAUCAUCCUGGUCGAAAAAGACAAUCCUCUGCUUUUCCUACUGAAACUGAAACAACUGGCAUGCCAGCUGGUUUUGGAACUCGUACGUCAAGCACUUCACAGCCACGUGUCCGAAAGACGAGUGCUGGUGGCGCACCUCCUGUUUCGUGUCUAGCUGUUGGCUCCAUGUUUAAACCACUAGAAGAGCCCACAGAUGGAGAGACUCCGACAAACGAAGACGUCCAGUUAAAGGAUUUACUGUAUAAAGAAGUUGCCGUCACUCCUUCGGACACCCCUGAAACCGAUCGAAAGAAACAAGAAGAUUUAGAUAAACUAAACGCAGAAAUCGAAAAAUUGAAUACAGACAUGUUGGUUUUAGACAAAAACGGAGAGCGUAAAGAUGGAAGCGAGGCCACGCCUGAGCCAGUACGGAAGGAUCCAAUAUCAACAUCUGCGGGCGAGGAACCUGUGACUGUUGAUAUUAAACGUGAAGAAAAAGAUUUGGUAGCGGAGGAUUCUGUUCAACUUGAAGUCAAGGAUGAUUCCGGUGACAAAAAAACAACUAGUCAGUUAUUUAACGAUUUAGAAAUAAAGGCUAACGAAACCCCGUCUGAACCACAAGCGGUGGUAGAGGUGGAACAAACAAAUGAGCCAGUUGCAAACGUGACUGUUAGUGUGGAUAAAAAGAAACCAAUAGAACUGUCAGUUGAAGAAUUGCGGGUGGAGGAGACCUCCGAGGCUUCCAAAAAUAUGGAAAUUACAACUGAAGUAAUUAAAGCCGAAGUAAAAGAAGAAAACGAUGGACCUGUUGACGGACCACCAGUUACUAGCGAAUCCACUGAAAUGGAUGCUGAGAUUGUCAUCACACGGUUGGAAGAAGAAAAGAAAAAAGAAGAACCAAAGCAGGACGAUGAAGAAGCAAGUGUAGAAACUUCAGAGAGGAAAAAAGAAUCGUCAAAGGAGGAAAACAAGAACGAAGGGGUCCUAGAGUCAACCGUGGUGACAAGUGAGUCAGUUAGUGCAGUGGAACAAACCGUAGAUAGCAUUGUGCAGGAAGUAUCAUCGAGAAAAGACGAUAAUGAAGGUGUGGUAAGGGAUGUCGCUGAACCUGAAACGCAAAACAAAGAAUCACUUGAAGUCCUGUCUUCCGAGUCAGUGGAGAUUCCAGAGAGUGUUAACGAAAGUCCAUCAGGUGUGGAAGAAACAAAGGAUGUAACGGUAGUAGUAGACACGAAAGAAGUGACUAAUAACGCCGAAGAAACUUCAAUCAACACGAAAGAACCUACAGCUAUUGCAGAUGAGGCGGCAAAGGACGCAGAAGAUGGUACAAAAGGUUCCGAAGAUACAACAACAACUACUGAACAAGUAAUAGUCGACACAGAUAAAGUUGCCAAAGCAGUGGAGAAAGGAGAAGUAAAGGCAGAAGAAGAAAAGGAAAAACUCGUUGCAGCUACCAAAAAAGUUGAGACAGAGGUAACAACUCCAGAAGUGGUGGAAGUCAGUGCGAAUGGAGGUAAAAACGAAGUUGUCGCUCCGUUAGCUACGAAAGAGGAAGAUGAGGACGAUAACGUAACUCAAAAAAAUGAAACGAUAAUUACUGAAACGGUAGUUAAGAGCGCGAACGAUUCCUCCGAACACACCGUAACGGAAACUCCUUCGCCAGAAAUUGCUGUAGUAAAUCUUGUUACGAAUAGCGGAGAUAUCAACACUGAGUUAUCGGCGGAAGAAAAGAAGAAGUCUGUAGACCUAGGAGAGGAUUUGGAUAUUCCUUCGCUUGAUAUGGGAGAUUCAAGUUUGACUGACGAAAUAAAUAUCGAACUUAAUAUUAGCAAAAGUAGUAACACUACAGAGAAUGCAACAACGCAACCCAAUGGACACAUUGCUGAAGUAUAAACGUAUUGUGUACAAAAUAUAAUUGUAAAAUUGACUUCUUUGUAACUACAUUUUCGCUUUUUUUAUCUUAAUAAUUUGUAAUUUUUGGAAUCUCGAGAAUUAUAUAUACAUAGUUAUUUGUCAAAUUAUAAAAUUUUAAAAUCUAUACUUUUUUAAACAAAUUUCUUUUAACAACA